UUUUUCUCCCCAGUUGCAGAAAAGCUUCAGAGGUAGCCUGUAGCCAGGCCGUGUAUAAAUACAAGACAGCAACAGCCGAGCUGCCUCAGCAUUCAGCUCAAAAUCGAAAAUUGAAAUCACUCUCUCCGGAGCUCCUGCACCGUAGUCAUCAUCACCAUGGCUAGGGAAGAAGAGCUCAAGAGAGUUGAUCUGAAGGUGAACGUGAGCUGCUGCGAGGGAUGCAGGAGGAAGGUGAUGAAAGCCAUAAGCCUGAAAGGCGUGCUGAGGACAGAGAUCAACCCGUCGCUCGACAAGGUGACCGUCGUCGGCGACGUGGACAGCAGGGUGCUCGUCAAGAAGCUCUCCAAGGUCGGCAAGAUCGCCGAGGUGAUGGCGCCGCCGCCGUCGUCAACGGCGGCGCCUUCGGAAGAAGGCAAGAAGAGCGACGGCAAUGGCGGCGAGAAGCCGACCUCGCCGGCGGACGAGAAGAGCGCCGCGCGCAAGGACGAAGGCAAGGACGGCAAAGGCGACAAGUCGUCGUCGGCGGCGGCGUGCAAGCAGGAAUGCAGCAAGUGCACGGCCGGGAAGGAAGCCGCCGACGAGGCUGGCCGCGCCGGUGGGAAGACGGCGUCGUCCAAGGACACGGUCACAGCCAAGAACAGCGACGACGUCGACGGCGACAAAUCCGAACCGGCGGCGGUGGCGGUGGAGUACCAGUACCACCACCACUACAGCCGGCCGGAGCCGGCCAUGGUGGUGCCGGUUCACCUCCCGUACUACGCCGCGAACGCGACGCCGUACUAUGCCGGAGGAUACUACCCGAUCCCGCCGCCGAUGCCGGCGAUGCUCCGUCACCCUCCUCAGCUCCGGCCGCAGCCGUCACGCUUCGACGAGGACUACUUCAACGAGGACAACACCGUCGGCUGCCACGUCAUGUGAAACCGCAAAACACGCCAAGCUCCUCCUGGCUCCCGCCAUGUACAACCGAUCGAUCACCAAGAAAUCAGCGACCACCAUUCGUUUCUUCAAUCUCAACACACACACACACACUCUUCAGAAUGCAUUUGCCGUUUAAUCAAAUCAACCAAACAAACAAAACAGCAAUUAA